AACCCAGGUGGAGUGGGGUGGUUUGGGUAUGCGCGCGCGGUGGAUGGGUAGUAAACUCCCGUGCUAAAAGGAAAGAGAGAGAAGAAAAAUAUUGUGUGCCGUGUCCCUAGACUCGGCCAACCAUGCUUGUACGUUAUCUAUUAAUUAAUUAGCAUUUCUCUUCGACCAUUCAUCAAACACUUGCCGACCAUCGAAGGAAACCAAGGGACAAUACUAUCCCACCAGCCGGACGUCUUGAGAGCUGAAACAUUCUUAUCCAAGAAGGGACCCAAUUCGGACAAAGGCUCCGAUUCUUCAACCGCCGGAGAUCGCACCCCUUUUCACCGCUUCCUCUUUUCUUUCUUUCCUUUUCUUGGCGAUCCACUCGCAUCCAGAGCUGGAGAUUUCCGGUGAUGAAGGAUGUGAGCGGUUCUUUCUAUUCCGGGAGCUCGGGAAUCUUUUCAUUGGAUGGAGGGCGGAGAGGAAUCUCACAAGAUUCAGUUCCAAACCAAAGGGCCAUAAAGUCUAGAAUUUGAUUUUGUCCAUGGUUAACAGCCACUUGAUCAAAAGAAGCUCAAACUGUGAAACAAAUCAUAAUUUCAGAAUUGCAGCUCCAAUUGGUGAAGCACUUAUACUAAAAUGAUCGGAACACUAUGUUGGGUGAUCCACGUUUCAUCUAGAAGGAUAGCUGAACUAAGUAAUCAAGGUCCUCACCUUGUUAAACCUUCAACACAAGACCACUACAAAGUUCUGGAGGUUGACUAUGAUGCAACAGAUGAGACCAUAAGAUUGAAUUAUCGAAGACUUGCACUUAAGUGGCACCCUGACAAGCACAAAGGCAAUAGUUCUGUUACGGCAAAGUUUCAGGAAAUAAACGAGGCUUACAAGGUAUUAAGUGAUCCAGCUAAGCGACUUGAGUAUGAUAUAUCUGGCACCUAUGAGAUCAAUAGAUACACUUUAAGAGAAUAUCUUACCAGGUUCAAAGGAAUGAUACUCACCUGCAAUGGUCUUGGUAUCAAUCAUUCUCCAUUUUGAUUUCUAUUUUUCAGGACCCAACAGCUGAUGGAAUCUGAAUCAAUUGAUCAGUAGAACAGUUCCUAUUUUCUCCAUUUCUUUUAUAUUGGAAUAUUGGCCCUUCUGGGUGUCAUUUGAUGUUGUUUUGUUUCAGUUCCUUUGAAGCUGUCACCUCAUAUUAUCCUUUGCCGGUCUGAUACUUUGUAAAGUGACGAGGAAUUGUCCAAUUGAAAUAUGCAUGAGGUAAUAUAUAUGUUACUUUGGACCUCUUUUCUGCAUGCAGUUGUGUUUCUAAUCAUCAAGAUGGCUGUAUUUAUACUCCUGAUACACAUCAAGGGGUAUCAGUUUUUGUUCUAGCAGAUGGCUUUACCCCACGCCCUCUCUCUGUAAUAUCGACACAUCGUUGCCGGCCUGAGUGAAGUUUAGGUUAACCAUUCACAUCAUUCUUUACAUUAUAUCUUCUCCAUCAGCAUCAAAUCCUGUUAAUUAUUGGCCAACUUGCCUAGCAAAAUUUGUGGCCUAUCUCUCCACACAAUGGUCGGAAAUUUUAAUGUCACAAGCUAACCUUACAUCCUGUUGUAGAGCCACCAAGUGUCGGCAGAGCUGACUCAGAAAAGCAGAAGAAAAAGAAGAAGAAGAUUUUGGGGUCCUUUUGAGAGAUUGAUAGACAGGUCCAUUCAAAAAAAAGAAGAAGAGAGAGAUUGAUGGAUGGAUGGGUUAGGACAAUGGGGAUACAGACAGGAGGGCUGACUAGAUUUGGAGCAACACCCAUGAUGGGUAAAAAUAGUGAUUACUUGCCAAGGUUGGUUUGAAGACAUGAGAGCUCCAUACGACCGUGAUAGGGUUAGGGUUUGAAGGGGGAAAAAAAAAAAGAGACUGGAAAUAGAAUCAUUUUUAAAGAAUCCAAUUUUUCAUUUUUUUUUGGUUUUGCAUAGAAGUAAUAUGUAUAGUUUAUUUUCAAAUUCUAGGAAAGAUUGGAUUUUUUUCAUUU